AUGAAGCCUGCAGCCCAACGUGGACAGUUACGGCGUUGCAAGCUCUGCAUGGAAUCAGUUGGCAGUUGGUCCCAGAUCAGCCUGAUGCACGUGGCCGCGUUCUGUGGGUACGAGCGCUUGGAAGAGGACCUUCAGCUAAUUCUAAGUCUGAAGGGCAACAUCAAUGCGCGAGCAGUCUUCGACGUGGAGCUCGACUACCCCUGGGAGCGACGGAUCCACUUCGCAGUCUAUGCAGGGAACGUCCCGGGUGUCAAGGCACUUCUGCGCUGCCGCGCUGCAGUGGAAUCGCGGAUUCUCGGGAAUGCAAUCGACAUGAUGAUGGAAACAGUCAUUGCCGUAGCUGUCCUAGCUCACCUCGUUCGCUUGCCCAGGGCAACCUUUGACGCGGUGCCCGAUUACACACCGCUGCAUUUGGCUACCGCGCUCUGGGCUCGUGCGGGGGAGGAUGCUGUGCUUCAGCACCAGGUGGUCAAGGUUCUUCUUGAACAUUCUGCCGACCCCACUGCCGUGGACCUGAGUGGUGCGACUUGCAAUGACCUCAGGCCGCAAGCCAAAUCGGCGAAAGAGAAAGUGCAGCAAGCGCGCAGAAUUGGAAUCAAGAAGGGCAUGGUGGUUGCAACUCGGUUCAUCGUGGAAACUGCGGAUGCUCGUCGCUGCGAGUUCGUGGUGAUGACAGAUGUGGAGGACCCUGAUGAAGAGGAUGAUCUGCUGCAGAUAUCUCUCUUGCCUAGCAGGGAUGGCACGGACGAGAACAGAGUGCUGAAGAUCCAGCAGUCUUGCGUGUCAGUGCUAGGCUAUCGGUUCUUCCAGGUGUGCAUUCGGCACCUACUGGAUGAAGGCUUUGGCACUCCUGGGAUGCAGUCGCCAAGGUCCCUGGUGGAUUCUCCCAUCAUCCGGUCGCGAACCCUGGACGAAGAGAGCGCUGUGGAGGGAUCCCUUACCGUGCAGGACUUUCGUAGUGGUGGGCCGUCCAAGAGACGGGCGGUCACCAUCGCGGACUUGCACAUGGAGGAGAUGAUGAGCGAUGCAGACCUGGAUCUAGGGAUCGAGCCAGAAAUAGAUUUGGAGGAGGUCGUUCAAAUCAAGCUAAGCCAUCCGCUGCGUCCUGGGAAGUUCUACCGCAAAAGGAACAGAGUUGCCACAGGAUAUUUGCUUCACUUUGCGAUUGAUGAGAUGGUGCGUGAGGAGGACAAAAAGUGGCGUGCUUCUGGAGAAGAGGUGCUGAAGUACAUUGUGACCAGCCGUGCUGACAUCCACGCAAAAGCGGACGUGGAGAGAAGAACGAACUCAAACGAGUACUGCAGCGUAACGGGGAUGCACAUUGCCGCUGUGGGCCACUGUUUGCCAGCUGUCAAGACCUUGCUCAGCCUGAAUGCCUCCAUUGAGUCGGCAGCAGUCUUUGACAAGAUACCAUGCUGGACUCCUCUCUCUGAUGCGAUAGUAGCCACCAUUGACUAUCACAACUCGAUGCGGCACUCCACUGGGCAACAUCCGACCGUGAAGUGCGCGAAGGACUGUGUCAUCCAAUACCUUCUGGAACAGCGCGCGAAUCCAGACGGCUGCGGUGGAAGCGGAGGCCUGAGCUGCCUGCACUUGGCCGUCGGCAAGAACUGCGAGUCCGAACUGGUAUGCCUACUCGUGGAGAACAGCGCGGUAGAUGCCUCAGCAUCGUUGCAUAGCGAUGUAACGCUCAAGACGAGCGCCUACGUCCGCGCCACCCGUGCACACGGCAACCGGGGAUGGGAUCGUGGCUUGACUCCUCUGCAGAUCUGCGACUAUGCAGACCAGGUCUACUCACAAAAGCAGCGAAGCGAGGUCAUGGCACUACUGGCACCAUCGUUGCGAGGCGCCAGCUUCUUGCUCCAGGAUGUGACCAGCAUGGCAGCCUUCAGUGUAAGUGGCGCCAACGAGCUCGUGAAGCGUGUUCUGGAGGAGUCCAAGAAGGAUUCCGGCGGUACCGCAGCCCGUGCUCUUUCGACGCUGCGCCUCCGGGCUGUCACCGGCGCCCGGUCCGCGGAGGGCCUGGAGCCAGUAGAUAGCAUUGCCGAGCUGCUGGAGAUUGCGCCGACCAUCGCUAUUUCUGUGCUGGAUGAGCUGCUUUUAACAGAGCCAGCCGCCUGGCCUUCAUUGGACUGUCAGCAUGGAACAUGCUUCACUUGA